AUGCUUUUGAGACAGUCUUUCUUAGGUCUUCUAGCCCUUGGUGUGGUAGUCGAGGCAUCUUCUAAGACGAGACAACAUGGGCUGUUCAAGCGGGCAGCGAAUGUCACAGCCUGCAACAUCAACGAGGCCGCACCCAAGGUCAACGCACCGAAAGUCAACGUCUGGGCUCCCAUCUCCCCUGAUGAUAACCUCGCUGUGUGGAAUCUACUCCACGAUCCGGCAACAGGUCUGAACCUCACAGACCCCAACAAUGCUACGAUUACGGACAACUAUGUCUACUGGAUCGACACUCUCCACACCAAUAAGUCCACUGUCCUACCGUACCUCGGUGGUACCGCUAGCCCGCCGCUAAAAUAUGCGCGAGUAGUCAUCUUCAGCGGAGGCCUGGAGAUCCCAGACUCACAGGAGUACAUGGUCGGACCUCUUCCCGUCGGCAACGGAACCAAGGUGGAGACGCUCGACUACAUCUUCAACGGCGGCAGUGGUGGCAAGAUCCCGUACAACAGUCGCUAUUUUGACGGCCCCCGCCUGGUAGCCUCCGAGCCGCUACUUGUGUCUAUCAUGAGCAACAUCACCGACAUCACGUCUGAACUCAUUGGCGGGGUUUACUACGGCUUGAGCGAUAAUCGGACUACCCUCACUUCCACCAGCGGUACGCCCCUUUCUUAUGACGGCACCCAAGCAUUUCGCACGGUUAUGUUUAGAUAUCCCAAUACAGCGACAUAUCUUACGCCACUAGACUUCUCCGUUAUGCUAGACGUUACCGGCACAGAUGCUUCACAGUACAAAUUACGAGGCAUCGUGACGAAUGAGAAGUUCUUUCCCACCGUCGCUGCUCUGCGGACUGCGUGGGAGGCAGAAGAGCUGAAGGAGCAAUUUAAGCAGAGCCGGACUCCCGACUGGGGUCUCCUGGAUUAUAAGCCUGAGAUGGGAGUCAGAGACCUCGAGAACAAGCUAGCGCCUCAAAGCCUCGAGGUUGGCGGCAAGAGGUAUAAGGUUGAUGAGGAACAGAAAUACAUCGAAUACAUGGGGUGGUCCUUCUACACCUCGUACUCUCGAACCCUUGGGCUGAUGUACUAUGACAUCAAGUUCAAGGGCGAAAGGAUCAUCUACGAGCUUUCGCUACAGGAAGCUGCUGCACAAUAUGCUGGUUUUACACCCAAGGCAGCUGGAACAGUGUACCACGAUACGUACUACAGCCUUGGUACCUACCUGGGCACGUUGGUCGAGGGGUAUGAUUGCCCCUUUGGCAGCACUUUCUGGAACGUCACGCACCACGAAGGCAACUCAUCUGUCGUCAGCACAGAUGCGAUAUGCAUUUUCGAAGCCGAUGCUGGCUAUCCUGUUUCACGCCAUCGAUACGGUAGUAGUAAUGAGUACGGAUUCAAUUAUCUGGGCACAGUCAAGGCCUCGGCUUUGACUAUGCGAUCGGUAGCGACUGUGGGAAACUACGACUACAUGUUCGACUACUCUUUCCACGUUGACGAUAGUCUCGAGGUCACAGUCCGAGCAUCGGGAUUCCUGCAAUCUUCAUUCUACUACCCAGACCAGGAAGAGUUUGGUCCCAGAAUCCAGGAGGCGACGAUGGGAUCACUACACGAUCAUAUUCUCACCUACAAGGCCGACUUUGAUAUUCUCGACACCAAAAACAGUCUUGAACAACCAAACAACGCGGCAAUGUACUGCAUUGUUAAUCCAAACGCCACGAACGCGUGGGGGGAAAAGCGCGGCUACCGCAUAGUCCCCGGAAAGUCCAAUAUUCAUCUCACGCCGCUCAAUUCUCCCUGGACGAAGUACCAGACGCCGUUCGCUAAGUCACACCUCGCGCUCUCGAGACAGCAUGACACCGAGCCGUACGCGAACAGUCACUCCAACGUCAACUUGCCUCUGAAGCCCCAACAAGACUUCAUGAAUUUUUUUGAUGGCGAGAGUGUCGAAAAUGAAGAUAUCGUUCUUUGGUUCAAUUUGGGUAUGCAUCACUUCACCAGGUCCGAGGAUAUCCCCGUUACACUUUAUAGCGAGGCUGUUAGCAGCAUUGUCUUUGCGCCGCAGAACUUCAACGAUCGGGCGCAGGACGGCGAUCUGCAGAACAGGAGAUGGAUCGUCGUUAACGAGACGACUGGUGAACUUGAGUCUGAUACUUAUGGGGUUGAAUUGCCUUCCGAGUGUGAGGUUGGCUUUUCUGGGCCUGUUCUCGGGAUCAAGAAGAACGAAGAAGCAUGA